GUGAACUAAAGUCGGGAAGUUUCUAUGUUUUGAUUUUUGCGCCAAUUUAUGAUGUUAUUUUGAAAAAAUAUUAAUGUAUUAAUAAUGAUGUUUUGUUAUUUAUGUAUUUUUAAACAAAGGACGGCAAUGGAGUCAAGUUAAGAAAGUAAAAAAACGUCUUACCAUACUAAAUGAUUGAAAAGCAGAUGUGAUUGGAUUUAAAAUUCAGUAGAGGACUCUACUCAUUAUGGCAAGAGAACCUGUAAUUUUAAAUAUUUAUGAUAUGUAUUGGAUGAAUGAAUACACUUCACCACUUGGUUUGGGUGUUUUUCAUUCUGGAGUUCAAUUAUAUGGCACUGAAUUUGCUUAUGGAGGUCACCCUUUUCCUAUUUCUGGAAUUUUUGAAAUCAAUCCAAGAGAUGCAGAUGAUUUAGGAAAACAGUUCAGAUUCAAACAGUGUGUAUGUCUUGGUCACACAGAUUUUACAGAAGGUGAUGUUCGACAACUUGUUGAAGGAAUGGGAAACGAAUUUCGAGGUGAUCAGUAUCAUCUCAUGACGAAAAAUUGUAAUCAUUUCACAAACGCUCUCACACAGAUACUUUGUGGUACCACAAUUCCUUCCUGGGUGAACCGUUUAGCCCACAUUAGCUCAAGAGUUCCCUUCCUACAGCGUUGUUUACCUAGGGAGUGGCUUACACCUAUCGCACUACAGGCUACCCUCCAGGAAAACAUGGAAAACCAAACUGAAAAUGAUCAUCAUCGGCUUUGACGUCACAAUAUAUUAAAAAUGGUUAUUGAAGUCUUCAAUCUGCCAAAUGAUUUCAAACUAUUUUCACUGUGCCUGUACACAGACUUCAUUGCCAAUACUGUGUCAAAGCAUUGUUUUUUGGAAACAAAUCUACAAAGUAGAAAAUUUUUUAUUGAAAUGAUUGUUGUAUAAAUUAUGCCAAUAUCCAUAUGAAAAUUCCUCUCUCCUAUAGAUUGUUGAAUGGUCCAUUGCUUCUUAUAGAAUAUGAGUGUUAUGAGAGUUUAUUGUGUACAGCAUUAUUAACAUAAAUGAGAAUGAAAGAGACUAGUCCUUGCCUUCCGGUAAAGUUUUAAUGUUUGUGUCAUCUGUUUAUUCUUGACGAAUUCAAGAAAUUGUGGCAGCUCAAAUUGUUGGAUUUUUUUCCCUCCAGCAAAUAUAUGAGUAUUUAAAGAAUCUCAAAUACUGUUAUAUUGACAAAUAUGUAUUGUCUUUAUCAUCUAUAUACUUCAUU